CCAGGCCAUGGCCGCCAUGGACGACGGCGAAACCCUUCCUCGUAUAGCCCUGGCAAAAUCUUCCGCCAUGGACGACGGCAUGGGCGACAUGGGACAUCAUGGUAUGGCGCCCAUGGGCGAUAUGGGACAAGGCAUGGGCGACAUGGGACACGGGAUGGACGACAUGCACAUGACUUUCUCCUGGGGCAAGAACGCCCAGAUCCUCUUCUCCGGUUGGCCGGGCGAUAGGGGCGGCAUAUACGCCCUUGCGCUCAUCGUCGUCUUCGUUCUCGCAGUCCUCCUCGAGUGGUUCAACUACAGCCGGGUGAUCAGCCCUCGAUGGAGCCGUGUGGUGGCUGGGCUGGUUCAGACGGCGAUCCGGAGGAGCCCUCGAGUGCCCCUGCUUCGAAGCCCAGGCGGCGGCGGAUUAAAAGAAAUUAGGGGAGAACGGGUGGGGUCUCCGGUGUGGGAUUAAAAGAAGAACGGCGGA